UUUUUAAAAUUCCAAAAAAAAUCAACAACACACAAUGGCUAUCACCGACACCUCAGCGGAUGAGCUCGGAAAGCCAGCCGUCAGAUUCUCCUCCGGUGGAUGGAAAUCGGCGAGGGUCAUCAUCUGUGUAGAAAUGGCGGAGCGGUUCGCGUAUUUUGGGAUAACGUCGAACCUCAUAACUUACUUGACCGGACCAUUGGGUGAGUCAACCGCUUCAGCUGCGGAAAACGUAAACGCUUGGAUUGGAACGAUGGCGUUUUUGCCGCUUCUAUGGGCGUUCGUAGCGGACUCGUUUCUCGGUCGUUACCGUACUAUCAUCAUCUCAUCUUCUCUCUAUAUACUGGGACUUGGGUUGCUGUCGUUUUCAGCAAUGAUUCCUUCUCACUCCAAAGAUUCAAAUCAGCUCCAAGUGACUCUCUUCGUCUCUUCUCUGUGUCUUGUAGCGAUAGGACAAAGCGGUUACAAACCGUGUGUUAAGGUCUUUGGAGCUGAUCAAUUCGACGGAAAUGACCUCGUUGAGGCAAAAGCCAAGAGUUCUUACUUUAACUGGUUGAUGUUUGGAAGCUGUAUUAGCAUAUCAACCACUCGUUUGGUCUCUAGUUACAUUCAAGAGAACCUAAGCUGGUCCUUGGGAUUUGGUAUUCCAACCGUUUCCAUGAUUCUUGCUCUGUUUCUCUUCCUCUCUGGAACUAAAUCUUACCGGUUUAGUAAUGAAAGAGGAGGAAAGAAAAACCCUUUUGCUAGAAUCGGUCGUGUUUUCAUGGAGGCAAUAAAGAACAAAAGAAAACAAGAUUUAGAUAUAGCAAAUCCGAACGAGAGCCUCCUUCUCUUCCCUCACCAGAGUUCUAAACAAUUUAGGUUCCUUGACAGAGCAGCGAUUUCGUGUGGUAAGGCUGAAAUUGAAGAAGCAAAAGCAGUGCUUAGGCUUGUUCCCAUUUGGACGACUUGCUUAGUCUACGCCAUUGUGUAUGCACAAUCUCCUACUUUUUUCACAAAGCAAGGAGCCACAAUGAACAGGUCAAUCUCACCAGGACUCUUAGUCCCUGCAGCUACGCUCCAAUGCUUCAUCAACUUAACAGCUCUCGUCUUCAUCCCAGCCUACGACUGUCUAUUCGUCCCAAUCGCAAGAUCCUUCACUCAAAUCCCAUCAGGAAUCACAAUGCUUCAAAGGAUUGGCACAGGCAUCUCUCUGUGCAUUCUUGCUAUGGUAAUAGCCGCCUUGGUCGAGACCAAAAGGCUACAAACCGCUCGGGAUGACCCCACCAUACCAAUGAGCGUGUGGUGGUUGGUUCCGCAGUAUGUUGUCUAUGGAGUCGCGGACGUGUUCACAAUGGUGGGUUUACAAGAGUUUUUCUAUGACCAAGUCCCUAGUGAGCUUAGGAGCGUUGGUAUGGCUCUGAACCUAAGCAUAUACGGGGCCGGAAACUUCCUAAGCAGCUUCAUGAUAUCACUCAUUGAUAAAGUAACGAGCCAGUCUGGUCAAACAAGCUGGUUUGAUAACGACCUGAACAAAGCUCAUCUAGACUACUUCUACUGGCUACUCGCUUGUCUCACCUUCAUUGGCUUAGGCGCCUACUUGUGGUUUGCCAAAUCUUAUGUCUACAACAAACCAAACACCUUCUAUUAAUGCAUUUUCUUCUCUGUUCUUCCAAAUUAUUAAAAAU